AUGCGUCUGCCAUACGUUGACCCCAAGGACGAAUCCUUCUCCACCGGCAACCCAGCCGAGAUAAUCCAGCGAGUCCGCGAUCGAAGAGCCCCGCGAGAUCUUCAAGCUCUAGACCUUACACUCCUCCAUUCCCCGCAUGUCGCAGAUGGCUGGAACCAUUUUUUAGGCGCUAUACGCACGAAGACUUCGCUGAAAGACGAUAUCAGAGAGAUUGCUAUUUGCAGGGUCGCGGUUAUAAACCAGGCGUGGUAUGAAUGGGGACAUCAUGCGCCGCUUGCGAAAGCUGGUGGUGUUAGUGAUGAGGGGUUGAAAGUGCUGGGAGAGAACAGGCCGGAGGGGAGAGGUGUGCUUAGUGAAGAGCAGUGGGCGGUGGUUAGAUACACUGAUGCUAUGACGAGGGAUGUUAAGGUUCCGGAGGAUGUGUUUGCAGAGUUGAGGAAACACUUUUCAGAACAGGAAGUAGUUGAGAUUACGGGCACUGUUGCAGCUUACAACUGCGUCAGCAGAUUUCUGGUCGCUUUGGAUGUUGGCGAGAAAAAUAGCGUCAGUGGCCCCGAGGAAGUAAACAUCGAUCACAAAAAGAGUCCUUGA